AUGCUGCCAUCAUCCAGGUCAGUUGCGGACAGGAUUUUAGGUCUGAGAAUUUACCUCAUCUCAGUGAUUCUUGGUGGGUUCACAGUUCUUGAGAUUACUAGCGAAUCCAGAAAUGUCAUCUGUCCUAGCCUGUGCAAAUGUUCUGCUGAUCAUGACAUUUACUGCAAUAAAAUGGGCAUUGAAGACCUUCCACCAGAUCUACCUCCAUCUGCAGUAACUUUAAACUUGGCAGUGAACCAAAUACGGAUCCUUCAUUUUGAUGCUUUCAAGGUUGUCCCUUCACUUCAAAUGCUGUGGCUGAACCAGAACAACCUGACAUUCUUAUAUCCUGGUGUUUUCAUUGCACUCAACAAUCUGAAAGAGUUAAAUCUUAGCAAGAACCAAAGGCUGACCUACCUUCAUGCCCACACCUUCAGAGGCCUCUCAAGCCUUGUCUCUUUGGAUCUGUCUCACUGCAACAUCUUUGAAAUACAUCCAUUUGUGUUCACCCACUUGCCAUCCUUGGAAGUUCUCAGUUUAGCAUCCAAUAAGAUACAUUAUGUGCCGCAAGCCUUGAGAAAACUGCAUAAUGUCACCAGGUUGUCUAUGGAAAACAAUUUCAUAGAAGCCAUAGGGAAGAAUUCCUUCAAAAAUCAACAAGCCUUGCAAGCUCUUAAUCUACGAAGGAACCAGAUUUGGGCCAUACAACAUGAAGCCUUCAACCAGCUAAACAAAUUGAGCGUGCUAAAUUUAGGACAUAACUCUCUAUCUCAUUUGCCUAAUCAGCUUUUCAGUGGAUUGGAUGAGCUCAGGAUUAUGUACCUGGAAGCUAACAGGAUUGUUAAAAUCAACUGCUCCUUUAACAGGCUGGUUAACUUGAAAAAGUUACAUCUCAAUAACAAUCUGAUAACACACAUUACCCGCAACGCUUUUUCCAAUCUGAAACAACUCCAGUUUCUCCAUCUCAACAAAAACAGCUUGACAUCUGUUCCUAGCUACUUGUUUUUACAAAUGCCCAAUCUGAAAAGUGUCUUCCUUUCAUUUAACCCCUGGAGCUGUGACUGCAGUAUGGCUUGGAUUGCCACCUGGAUGGUGGAUUAUAAGGGAAUAGUUCAAGGCCUCAACUGUGUCUUUGCCCUGUCAUAUAGAACAAACUCUGAGAUUUUCACAGGAAAAGGAGUUACAUGCUUCCACGAGGAUAUUACUGAGGAACAAUGUGUAGAAAGCUCAACUGAUUCAGCUUCUGCUUUAACUGUUAUACCAUAUGUUAUAUUUACCAUACUAAUAUGCUUUAGUGGUGGAUUAAUGUAA